AUGAAAGAACCUGAUGAUAAUAGCAACGAUCUAAUAAUUCAUUCCUUUGAAGAGGACAUUUGGAAGUUAUAUAAGAAGGAUAACUAUAUGAAACAUUGCAUUGUUAGAGAUAGUAUUGAACCAAUAGCACUAGACGAAGAAAUUCAUAUUUUAAAAAAAGAAGAAGGUCCUACAUUUAAAUUGUCGGAAAUAUUAGAAUCUUUAGAAAAUAAAAAAGAGGAAGAAGAAGCAAAAUCAGAUACAUCGUCACUAGAAUAUAUAGAACAAGAUAAAAAAGAAGAAGAAGAAGAAGAAGAUAAAGGUAAAUUAUAUAAUGGUGUAUAUUUACAUGAAGUAAAUAUAAUAGAGAAUACAAAAUAUUCUGACUGUAAUAAAAUAUACGAUGAAAAUAUAUUUCCUAUUAGUAUAAUAGGAGAUAUGUAUAUAAAUAAUAUAAUUCAAUUUAAAGAUAAUUCUCCUUAUCAUUCUAUUUAUAAAGUACAUAAAGUGGAAUGGUUUUUAGGUAUAGAUAUUAAUGAAGAUACUAUAUAUGAAAUCAUUCCAUUUAGUGUAGGUAAAAAUAUUCAAAUACCUUUUGAAUCCUUGGGCAAAUAUAUUUUUUGUAAAGCUUAUAGACGUAUAUAUAAGAACAAUCAAUCUAAAGAAAAAGAUGCAAAUACAGUAUUUGACCCCCACACUUAUGUAAAUAAACCAGUUCGUUUUAAAUGUAGUACGGAAUAUAUAGAAAAAUAUUCUCUUAGCUGUAAAGGGCCCGUUUUAAUUUCCAUCGAUCUUGCUUUUAAGGUGUUGACAUAUUUAUGUGCUCACUUUUAUGGUACAAAAAUGAAUCUACAUGACCCCUUAA